GCCGCGGAGCCCGGAACCCAGCCCCCGCUGCGAUGGUGAGCCGCUCCUCUCCCCGCCCUCCAGCCUGGAAGGUGCCGCCCGGCCUGCCGCCCGACACCCAGGCUGAGGACGUGGCGGCAGGGUCCAGGAAGCCGCCCAAAUCUGGGGGCAAAAGGGAGCCAGGAGCCCAGACCCCCCCGGGCCUCCGUUUCCCGACCUGUAGAGGGAGGCUACGUCCCCCUGCCCGCUUUCCACAGGGAGCAGAGCCCGCGGCGGGCAGGGCGGGGCCCCUCCCCGGGGCGCCGCUGACCCCCCACCGCCUGGUCCACCAGCCGCUCCGUGUCCUCCUGCUCCUGCUCUGGCCGCCCACCAGCCUGGCUCUCCACAGCCCCCCACUCCGGCCAGGGGCCCGCACCCACACAGCCGGGACCCCGCGCUGCUACUCGGCGGCGGAGCUGCCCCUGGGCCACACCCCUCCCCACCUGCUGGCUCGAGCGGCCAAGUGGGAGCAGGCGUUGCCGGUGGCGCUGGUGUCCAGCUUGGAGGCGGCGGGCCGCAGGGGCCGGCACGCAGGAUCGCCGGCCGGGAACCAGUGCCCCGUGCUGCAGCCCGAGGAGGUGCUGGAAGCUGACGUCCACCAGCGCUCCAUCUCGCCCUGGAGAUACCGCGUGGACACGGACGAGAGCCGCUACCCCCAGAAGCUGGCCUUCGCCGAGUGCCUGUGCCGGGGCUGCAUCAGCGCCAAGACAGGCCGCGAGACGGCUGCGCUCAACUCGGUGCCGCUGGUCCAGAGCCUCCUGGUGCUGCGCCGUCGGCCCUGCUCCCGGGAUGCGGCGGGGGUGCCCACGCCCGGGGCCUUCACCUUCCACACCGAGUUCAUCCAAGUGCCCGUGGGCUGCACCUGUGUCCUGCCCAGGUCGGCCCGGUGAUCACUGGCUCGGCUCCUGGACUGGCCUCCAGGGACGCCCCUCCUAUUUAUGUGUAUUUAUCGGGUAUUUAUGUGCCACCCUGGGGCCCUGGGCGGGUACCGAGGCUCCAGGCCUCUGCUUUGAGACCUGGCCUGGGAAGGGCCCAGCCCCCGGUGCCUGGGGGAUGACCCUGUGCUGGGCAGCCCCCAGCUGGAGAGGCAGUUUAUCCUUUGACAGAAACAGCUGGGCUAGAAGGAACAUUCUCACUCUUCUGGAACUUGCUAAAACACCUACAGAAAAGGGAAAAGGUGUUCUGAUGGCCACCUCCACUUCCUGGCCUCCUGGGCUCCCCUCACCCCAGCCCCCCGGGAGGAACAAGCACCCCUGUGUUUCUAAAACAGCUAUUUAUUUUACACGUGAA